UCAUGGGGCCCCCGGGCAAUAGGGGAUCAUGGGGCCCCUGUGUCCUUGCCCAAACUCAAAAAAGCCUAUGAAAAAGGUACCAGGGGCAUCUCAUGGGGCCCCCUAUUGACCCCGGGUCCUUGGGCAGUGCCCGAGUUUCCAAAUGGUCAGUCCGCCCCUGGGAUGAAUAUUACUCACUGGGACAUAUGUGUAAAGUUUACAUAUCUAAUAGAGGGGUAAAAAUUCCUUCCUGAUCCCCCGAGAGGCAAUCGGAUAUUCCCUGGAUCAACUUUUCCUAUAAAUGUUAUAUCC